AUGGGAGUCGGCGGCGUGAUCCUCCGAUUCUUCAAUCUCGGACUGCGCGUCCUGCAGUUCCUCGAUGCUGCUGUCAUUCUCGGCAUUUUCUCCUAUUUCCUGGCCGUCCUCGCCAGACACGACCAAAAAAUCGCAACAUGGAUCAAGGCCGUAGAAGGCUUAGCAGGCGCAGCAACCGCCUAUGGCCUGCUGGGCAUCAUCUUCACCUGCUGCCUGGGCGGUGUGGCCUUCUUCGCAUUCCUGGGUGUUACCCUGGAUGUGUGCUUCGUGGGCGCGAUGGUUGCCAUUGCCAUCAUGACCCGCAAGGGUGCUAACCAAUGCACCGGAACUGUGGAUACACCUCUGGGCAAGGGCAAUGCCAAGGAUGAUACCAUUAGUAAAGGACUGACUUUCGGCCUGACCUGCAAACUGGAGAAGGUCGUCUUCGCAGUGUCAAUCAUCGGAAUCUUCUUCUUCCUGAUCUCCAUCCUCUUCCAAAUCCUUCUCGCCCGUCACCACAAGCGCGAGAAGCGUUUCGGUCCCUCUCCCAACAACGGCUACACCCACGGUAGCCGCAAGGCCUUCUGGCGCCGCAACAAGAACAACCCCGAGGCUGUCGGCGGCGCCGAUACCCUCCCCGGCCACCCAACUCCUCAAGACGUGGAGAUGGGUACCGAACCGAAGACCGAAAAGGGCUGGUUUGGCUCUUUCGGCAAGAACCAGAACACUGCUGCCACCGGCCCAGCUGCAGCUCCCGCUGCCGGUACCUACGGCUAUGGUAACUCGGCGUACACUGGCAACAUUUAA